UACUCUUCAGUACUACAGCUAACUGACGACUGUGUCAGUCAGAAAAUCGAUGGUGCCGCUGCCGAGCAGAAAAACGGGUGGAAACAUUUGUAAAUUGGCACAAACAAGAGAAUUAACUCUUCAGUUAAACUUAAACUACCAAGGGAAAUAAAACUUUGCCAGGCCCGACACACUGAGUGUAACUCAGGGCAGCAGCGAUGUCCGGCUCCUACGAUGACUCCAUGAUCGAUGUCUCCAGUGACAGUUUCUGGGAGGUCGGUAACUACAAGCGAACAGUGAAACGGGUAGACGAUGGCAACCGGCUCUGUAAUGAUCUGAUGAACUGCCUUCAUGAGCGGGCACGUAUUGAAAAGUCUUACGCACAGCAGCUCACAGAAUGGGGGAAGCGCUGGCGGCAACUCAUAGAAAAAGGCCCUCAGUACGGUACAUUGGAGCGGGCUUGGUCUGCUCUGUGCACAGAGGCAGAAAAGGUGAGUGAGCUCCACAUGGAAGUGAAGGCAGCACUGAUGGGAGAAGACUACGAGAAGCUGAAGAACUGGCAGAGAGACGCCUACCACAAACAGAUGAUCGGUGGCUUCAAAGAGACUAAAGAGGCUGACGACGGCUUCCGCAAGGCUCAGAAGCCCUGGGCAAAAAAACUCAAAGAGAUGGAGACGAUGAAAAAAUCUUACCACGCUGCAUGCAAAGAAGAGAAACUGGCAGCCAGCAGGGAGACCAACAGCAAACUGGAGAGCAACAACAACCCUGAAGCCCAAAAGAAGCUCCAGGAAAAGGUGGAGAAGUGUCAGCAGGAGGUGCAGAAGACUAAAGAACGCUAUGAGAAAUCCCUUGAAGAGCUCGACAAGUUGACCCCUCAGUAUAUGGAGAACAUGGAGCAGGUGUUUGAGCAGUGGCAGCAGUUUGAAGACAAACGGAUCCGUUUCUUCAGAGAGCUGCUGCUGGAGGUUAAACAGCACCUGGAUCUUUCAUCCAAUCACAGAUUCCAGACAAUCUACCACACGCUGGAAGACACAAUCUCUGCUACUGAUGCUGAAGAUGACCUGAAAUGGUUCCGGACCAAUCACGGGCCUGGCAUGCCAAUGAACUGGCCCCAGUUUGAGAAUUUGGACUGGUCGUGUCCUCGCUCCUUUAAAAGAAGGUCCAUUUUAGACUGGUCUGUAGACCUGAACCGAACCCUCAGCAGACGGGAAAAGAAGAAGCCAUCGGAGGGCGUCACUCUGACGGGCAUCAGUCAAACUGGGUCAGACCAGCCCGUUCAGCCUGCCAAGUCCAGCAGCAGCCUGACUGUGCCCACUAAAACAGCACCCGUGGGCUCAAACCCCUUUGAGGAUGACGAAGACGAGGAGGAAGAGGAGGAGGUGGUCGUGGAGCAGCGGACCACAGUCAACCACAACAGUGUGAAUAAAGAGGAAAUAAAAACUGCGGGCAGUAUGGAGAAGACACCAGACUGGUCGGAUGAAGACACGGGCGGUAACCCGUUCUCCGCAAACGGCAAUGGGAAUCCGUUUGAAGAUGAGCCAGCUUCCCCAGUCAUAUCUGUGCCAGUCAAAGCCCUCUAUGAUUAUGAGGGACAGGAGCAGGAUGAGCUGAGCUUUAAAGCAGGGGACGAGUUCACCAAAAUUGGAGAGGAAGACGAUCAGGGUUGGUGCAAAGGCCGGCUCAAGGACGGACAAAUAGGCCUCUAUCCUGCCAACUAUGUUGAAGACAUCCAGUAGAGGAUUGCCACAAGUUCAAUCAAUGUGAAGAAAGAAGAACGUGUUGUGUUGCGAAAUGAGAGCACGACUGGAAACGCUCUGGUUUAUUUUCAACCCUUUUCUCCCUGUUGGUGAAGACUGGACUGGUGUGGGAGAAGGACAGAGAAGACGCAGAAGACAAAAGGACUACAUGAGAUUUUGAAGAUCACAGAGAAAAAAAUUGCUGUUAGUGUAAGAUGUGUUACUUAGAAUACAAUUUAUACUGUUACAAAAAUAAUAGCUUUUCAAGUAUAUAUAUGAGACAAGAUUCAGUGAAAAUUAUGUCAGUUUAUAUAUAGUUUAAGCGAAACACUGGGAUAAAAGUCUGACACAUCGCCUUGCAAUGUUACAUGCAGCCUUAAUAAGUAAGCCACUGUGGAUUCAUUAAGGGAGAUGACCCUCUUUAUAACCAUAAUUUUCUAUUUUUAGGUUUUAAACCUUUUCUGCCUCUUAGAAUCCAGUCCAUAAAUAUUAAUUGUUUGAUUUUUUGGGGGAGGACAAAGUAGGCUCUUAUAUUGUGUCAAAUUUAACUUGAUUUUAUACUAGUGCUUACAUUUUUCUGUUAUUCCUUUUCAGGGUUUUGUUUUUCAGUUUAGCUCUUCUGGUUGUUUUAUAAGGAAUGAUGAAGCCUCAUCCUGACGUAGUUCUCAUUUAGUUCACAGUGGGUGGGGUCCUCUAGUCACUGCAAUUGAAUGUAUAUUCACUGAUUGUAUUCUCUCACUUACUGAUUGUUCACUUUUGCUGAUUUUUGCAGCCACUGACCCAUUAACCCCUUGAGCAACUUGUCCUCAAGCUUUUCACACAAACCUGUCUGCUUUCUGUUGAUUGUAGAUUGUAAUACUAUAUGGGUUUAUUUUUCAUGUAACACUGAAGAUUUUCACUUUGUCACUUGAAGCUCCAUGUUUCAGUUCCUCUCACUUGUUGAAAGUCAAGUUAUGGGAGAAUAUUUUAGUGUUUGUCUUACAUAUGUUACAAGUUAUAGCAAUAAAACCACAGCCAAGGCUGGCGUUGCAUACAUGCAUGUAAAUAGCCUUGAUGAAACAUAUUAGAACAAAAUAAGCGUUGAGAUCAGAUGAUAUGUAGUUGGAAAUUGAUGAUUGUUAAUUUAUGAUGCCACAAGUGCUUUUGUUUUACUCUUGUUAGAAUGCUGUGACUGAAUCAGUUUGUAUAGUAAUUGAAUAUUUUAUGGCAAAUAUCCCUUGAAUCUGUUAUUUUGUUAUAUUUGUAAAUAUGAUUAUUUUUCCCUUCACGGAGGGCCAUACUCAUUGACACAAUCGACAAAUACCAUGUGAAUAAUUAUAGAUUUCCUAGCAGGAGGUAUGACAUGAAUGCAUAUAAGUAAUUUCAAAGUAUCGAGUUUUAAACAAAUGUUUUGAUCAUCAAGUUUUUUUUUUUGGCUUGCAUUUUUUUUGUGAUGAAUGGCAGGCUUUUCUUGUGCAAGCUCUACAUUCAUUAAUUUCCCAGUGUAACAAUGAAAUCUUUGAAAAAUGUAAUUUGAUGCCUUCAACUGCAGCACGAGAGGAAAAUGAAUUUUGUCGUCUUUAAUAAUAAGAGGAAAGGAGAUGUUUUGCCAUGUUUUCAGGGCAUGCUGUCAUCAAAAUGCAGCAACAGCUGUACUUGCACAGUAAAGUUUGUAAAUGUUGUCCCACAACAUAAUAAAUGAAUUUAUCAGGAAAAAAA